GGUGCACAGUGUCGGUUCUGCAGAGAACUUUGGAGUAUACAGGGUUAGCAGCCCCGACAACGCGGAGCUUUCACGUGGUGUGGACUCGUCUCGACUGCACUGCGUGCAUACCUUCGUGCGGCUCGCACAGACCGCACGGACAUCAGUAUACUUCGAGAGUUGCUCCGAGUCGGUCGACGACCGCGCUUCUCGCUCCGCUCAACUUCACGCAUAAAACAAAACUCUCUUCAGUUCGAGAUCGUCCGCAGACGUGUGUGAUAUUUUUGUUUAAUUUUUGUUUCCUCUUAAUUGAGGCAAGAGAGCAGGAUAGUGCGGCAAGCAACACGACCGGGAUCGCGCCAUUCGUGAUCGUCGCAUCGCUCCUUCGACGGCCUGCCCGCUCAUGUGAUUGGUGACGAUGAUCAUGAGCGGUUAGUCGUUGCGUUUCAUUCGCCUGUUUGCUCGCUCGUGCACGUGUUAUCCUCAGUGAGAUCGAUAACGGACAUACCGGCGGUUCCCGCCGACGACGACGACGACAACGGCGGCAGCGGCGGCGGCGGCGAUAUCGACUUUCCGCUCACCCGCUCCGCUGCACUCCGUUACAUUACAUUACGUUACGUUACGUCGCUGGAGCGGCGUCGCGACGCUGUAAACAACUACCGAUUCAUCACGGGAGCCCGGCGGGCGAAUACGUUUGUUUACUACGGCGUGGUUGCAGUCAGUCCAUACGACCGUCAUUCGUUCUACUUUCGAUUCGCGUUACGUCGGAUCGUCGGGCGCGCGCGAAUGCGAGAUCGCAGCGACGUGUUAGGUGAUUAGAUUGUCACUGUAUUCACUCGCUCAUUCGCUCGACGGGCGGCGGGAGAUCACGUUCGACCGUGAGGACGCAGCGAGAGACAACCGUAAUCGGAUAUAAGGCACGUUUGUGCGGGGGGCAUCGGGCGGCGAGAGGUGCGCGUGAGCCUCUCGCUCCUUUUAUCGGCGAACGAUGGAGGACAAUGGUCAAGGGAACCCGGGCAGCAGCACGGUGCUCGAGGAGAUCUUCUAUGUGACGUCCAAGCGGAACACGUACUACAAGGUGCGCCUGACGGAGAAAGGUCUGAGCCUGCACAAGGAGCACAACGGCGCGACCAAGAGCGAGACAAUCGCCUUAGGCGACAUCAUUGGCUGCAGGUGCAUGCGCUCGAAGCGCAGGAACGCGGGAAGCUGCGCCUGCCGACCGGGCGCGUCCAAGUCGCAGGUGAAGCUGGUGGAGUCGUCGGCGGAGACCUAUCAGGCGUAUUACGACGAGCUCGACACGUCCGCUUACCUCUACAUAUACGCGUACGCGUUGAAGAAGACGCGCGUUAAGGGCGGCCUGAGGCGCGAACGCACCACCAUCACGCUGCGUUUCCGCAGCUUCGACAAGUAUGAGGACAAUUUACGUGAGGCGAGCAGGUGGCGGCUGGCGAUCAAGUGCCUGGUCGCCAAUGCACCCGUGCCCAAGAACCUCAUGAGUCCCAGCCAUGGCAAUCUUGACGCGUUGAUGGGGGCAUGUCCGGGCGAAAAUCGGAAGCUGCUGGUGCUGUUGAAUCCGAAGUCCGGGUCCGGCAGAGGCAGGGAGACUUUCCAGAGAAGGAUACAUCCGAUUCUGUCCGAGGCGGAGAGACCGUAUGAGAUUCACAUUACUAAGCACGCUAAUUACGCCCGCGAGUUCAUACGCACAAGAGAUAUCUAUCAGUGGAGCGGCCUGCUGAUGGUCGGCGGCGACGGGAUCGUCUUCGAGGUGGUGAACGGACUUUUUCAAAGACCGGACUGGGAGAAGGCUCUGCGCGAAUUGCCGCUUGGUGUGAUACCGUGCGGCUCCGGCAAUGGCUUGGCGAAGUCCAUCGCUCACGCUAAACAGGAGCCAUACGACCGCAAUCCUACGCUGAUCAGCGCGCUGUCAGCGGUCAAGAGUAAGAGAAUGCCGAUGGAUUUGGUGCGCGUGGAGACCAGGAAUCAAAUUCUCUUCUCGUUUCUCUCGGUGGGCUGGGGCCUCAUAGCUGACAUAGACAUUGAGAGCGAACGGCUGCGUGCGAUCGGAGGCCAAAGAUUCACCGUGUGGAGUGUGGCGCGCUUGAUAGGAUUGAGAACGUACAAGGGCAAGAUAUCGUAUGUGCCUUGCAACAACAGGGUAUCGCCGAUGGAGAACGGAAACGGCAAGAUCUGUCGCAAGGAGUGCGCCACGGAAAGCACGUUGUCACAUUCGCGGAGUUAUGGUGAUGAGCUGGACAGAUACGGCGGAGGCGAACCGAAGAGCUUCCAUACUGCUUUCAGCGAAUCGAUCAACGACCUGAAAGAUUGCGACGAAAACGAAAUGAUCGCGGAGAGUCUGACGCUCGAAACGGAAAACGAGAAGAGGCACAGAUUAGACAGCUUCUAUUCCGCGACGUCGGCGAAGUCGACUUACUUCAGCACAGGCUCGGUCUCGAGCUACCAUAGCGUUGACGACGGCGACAGUGCGGAGAUUGGCGCGGAGAACAUCUGUAGCAGCCAAAUUAUGUACGGGCCGUCGUCCACUCUUCCAGCGCUGACCACGCAACUUUCGAAUUGCUGGACGCAGAUUCAAGGAGAAUUUGUGAUGGUACACGCGGCCUAUCAGUCGCAUCUUGGACAGGAUUACUUUUUCGCACCGCGCGCUAGAUUGGCGGACGGAAUUAUCUGGCUUUUAAUAGUCAAAGCUGGCAUCACUCGAGCCAACUUGUUGCACUUUUUGUUAGGUCUAAGUAGCGGGACUCACGUGAUGUGCGCUGGAGUCGAUAUGAUACCAGUAAAAGCAUUCCGAAUCGAACCCAUGGAGGGUACAAGCGGCCAUAUCACCGUGGACGGCGAAGAAGUGGAUUACGGACCAUUGCAAGCUGAGAUAUUCCCUUCUCUGGCGACGGUGAUGGCACCCUGACAUAAACGAUAAUCGCGUACGCUUAGCGGUGAUAUCAGCAACAAAAUCAAACAACCCUCCAGGGGUAAUAAUUCCAACGGGAAAAAGGAUCGUUUCAAAUUAGUUUAGAGCGAAUUACGAUAUCAGAUUGUUAAUAUGUAUUAAUACGAGUACCUUUAGCCAAUACUUCGGAUUGUAAAUUCUCAAUUGACAAUCUGUACGUAGACUGUUUAGAAAAAAAGAAAAAAAGAGAGCUCGAAGCAACGAAUUAUCUAUUACGGUUGCGAUAUACUCAUAAGGGAAAAUCCUUUUUCGCAUCUUCAUUACAAAAUAUGAGGAUGACUUAUAAGAUGAGUACAUAUGUUAUACAGAGUGAUUUUUGUAUAAACUGACUGAUAUAAUUAUUAGCGAUUUUAGAACACAUAGGGAAAAAUGGCUCAUACAUGGAUAGAUGCGGAUGUCAAAAGCGAGAAAAUGCACGCUCAAAAUUCCUGCAAAAUACGUUGAAAUAAAAAGAUAUGUUCACAAAAUGAUAUUUACAUUCGAUCAAGCGGAUCUGUAAAAUAGCUCGAAUAAUUUAUUUUUAUUCCAACAAUCAAUAACCGUACAAUUAACGUCUGUAAAACAGUCCGAACACUUUGCUUCUAUUCUGAUAAUUAAUAAUCGUACAAUUAAAAUGACAAAAUUAUAAGAAAAAUAGAUUAAAAGGUAAAUUACAUGUUACUUUAAUUUCACGAUAAUUUAUUUCAUUAAUUCUUUUAUUUGUUUGAGCAAAAGAAACGUGCUCAGAUUAUGUUUCUUUAUUUCGUAGGAAUUUUAUAUAUGUAUUUUCUCGCAUCUUAUGUAAUUAAUCAAGAAGUCCAUAUCGAGCCAGGAGCUUAAACGUCUCCAUCUAUAAAGUAAUUGUUUCCUCUAGAGUUUCUCUAGUCAAAGCAUAAUGAUUUCUGAUUGGUUUGUAUCUUGUCUACUUUUAGAGAUGACGUGAGUCGAAGCGAGAGAGAAAUUCUAGAGGAGUGAGAAAAAAAAUUCUAAGACUGAAAUGACGAAGCACGCUGCAACUUUUCUCUUAUUCACUCAUUUCUUUCCUAUAAGUGGCGAACGAUGUCCUAACUCUAACUAGAGGAACUCUAGUUUUCUCUAUAUGAUAUUCCUUUUUAUAUACUGCGUUUCAAAACGGAUUAAACAUUUUUUUCUAUGCAGUUUAAGACGCAGUUAAUGACUCAAUGUGAAAAUACAAUUUUUGAAAUUAAUAUGUGUUUUUUCUCAUUAGACCAUCGGCUACGUUUCAAAAUGCGUUGAAAAAAGUGUUCAAAUCGUUUUGAAACCUAGUGUACUUAAAAAAUUUCUAUGAACCAUUUUUCAUGUCUUCUAAAUUAAUAAUUAUAUCGGUCACUUUAUAACGAAUUAUCCUAUAUAUGUAUUUAAUAAAUGUGUGUUAAAUGCAAACAUACAAGACUACGUGUGAAGAAAGACCCCUGAUAUUUUGCAAACAAUCAUGUAAAAUUUUGAGAAUGAAUGAAAAAAGACUAACGAAUCAGAGCACGCGAUGUUGUACGACGGUCUCUAUAAGCACAGACCUCGUUUCAUAACAUCGUGCGCUAUAAUUCUCUAAUAUUUUUUAUUAAUAUCUCGAUAUUUAUUUUUAUCUCGAUAUUACCUGGUUGUUUACAAAAUGCCAGGAAUCUACGUGCUCAGGUUGAUAUACUUUCAUACGUGAAUUUGUAUGUCUUAUAUCAGACAUGCAUAUAUAUAUAUAUAUAUAUAUAUAUAUAUAUAUAUAUAUAUAUAUAUAU